UGUCAAUAGCCAAUAAAUUUCCUAUCAUUUCCUAUUAGUUUAAAUGAGUUAUCAAAAAUUGGUGAAUUAUUUUUACAAUGACUUAAAGAAAAACAAUAUAAUGCUUGCGCAAACCUAAAUUAAAACGUAACAGUGCUAGACGCAAGUGUACUUCGAGUUUUCGUUGCAAACUCGUUGGUUAAACGAGUUCUUCAUCCUGCCCAAUACACACAUAAUUUCCGCUGGUACCAUUUGAUUAAAGAGAAACAUUCUCCGGUAGAAUUAUGUAAUUAAAUCAACGAUGUUACAAUCGUGUCCUGAUUAUCACGAAUAUGUGUUUGGACGGUCGAAGUAAUUUGUAAUAGUUGGGUGUUGAGGCCAGUACGAUACAUAUCAGAAUUAACAAUUUAAGAUCAAUUUUUGAAGAAUUAUGAUGAGUUAUAAUAUCAAAUGGAUUAUUCCCACUUUAAGAGCACCCUCCAGCUUGUGGAAGUGGGCCAGUACAAUUACCAUGGUUGCUGUAGGACUGUUUAGUAAAAUAUUAAUAAAAUUGUUGAAUAAGUCAAAAAUACACAAUAGACAUAUCAUAUCAAAUUUACUGGAAAAAAGGGAUAAAUCUAGACCUCUGGUUACUGUUUCCAAUCACCAUUCGUGCUUUGAUGAUCCAGGGAUAUGGGGUACGCUCGGUUUAAAACACCUGCUGAGACCAUCGAAAAUGCGCUGGUCAUUGGCGGCCCACGACAUUUGUUUCACCCGCGCCCAGCAUUCCUACUUUUUCAGUUUGGGCAAGUGCGUCCCUGUAGUACGCGGCGCGGGGGUGUACCAAGAUGCCGUCGAUUUCAUGAUAGAAAAAUUGGGCAAAGGUGAUUGGGUUCAUAUAUUUCCGGAAGGUAAAGUGAACAUGACCAAGGAAUAUAUUAGGUUAAAAUGGGGCGUUGGCAGGAUGAUAUUCGAGUCGCCCAUCCCGCCCAUCGUGGUUCCGAUCUGGCACGUGGGAAUGGACGACGUGCUACCGAACGAACCGCCCUACGUUUUGAGGUUAUGGAAGAAUCUAACUUUCAAUUACGGCGAACCCAUAGACACAACGGAUAUGGUGAGAGCUCUGAAAGCGCAGAACGCGUCGGACGAAGAGGCGAGGAAACACAUAACGGAUUUUCUCCAAGAAAGACUGCAAGAACUGAAAAUAGAAACGGAAGCGUUGCACGCGCAGCACUUCAAGCUGAAAUCUUGAUAAUCGUUUGGUAGGUUUUAAAAGAGAACGGUGUGACUGAAUUUACUUUACUAUUAGCUCUGUGUAACACGGCCCUGCUUUGUUCAAAAGAAGCUAUAAUAUAAUCUGUAAGAUCUGGCUAAUAAAUUAUUCUGGACUUUAAAAGUUAAAAUGUUAUAGCAUAUAGUUAAAAAUACAAUAUUUUUUUAUUAACAUAUAUAAAAGCUUAUCUGUAUAGUUAUUUUUUGGAUAAAUAUAUUAUAUUAUUCCAAAAUAAUAAAAAAAAUCAAACAACCAAGUAUUAUAGACUGAUACUAAUAUUAAGAUGAAUUAUUAAGACCUGUAUAUGACGUUUGCUUAACCAUAGAUUAUAAAACUAAACAGCAAUUUUUAUAAGAUUUAAAAACAAGUUACUAAACUAGUGGAUGGAGGGGUGACCGUCGUGCUUUUGUUCCAUGGCAAGAGUUUAAAAAUCUACCCAGUGAGCAUUUUAUUCCUUUAAGGGUGUUCUAGGUGACGUCGUUGUUACGUUACCAAGCCCUUCUUUUGCCUGAUAAAAAUGAAUAAAACUACACUCACCGGCAAAAAAAACUGGUCCCAAUUUCAAAGUUGGAUUUCUCGCGAACCGCUCAUUAGAUUUUGAUGAUUUUU